UUCUGUCACGAAGAAGUUAACAUUGCACUGGCAAAUACAUUGCACUGGUGAAUACAAAUGCUUCAUUUUAACUGAUAUGAGCCCCCUGUCAUUUUCUGGAGUGUGACCUUGCAUGGACUUUCAUUGUAUCCCAGUUGGCCAAAAAGGUCCUCCUCCCUCCUCUCUCCUAUUAUGUAAAGAGGGGAAUUAGAUGAAUAAUUAUGAUUCUCUCUCUGCAGCUGGUGGAAGCCUGGGCCUGGAGCCAAAGGAGGGAGAGCGAGAAGCCGCCUCUUUAAAGGACCCCUGGAAUCCAAGGGGCAGUGUGCAGUGACUAUUCCGAGUGCAAACUUGAAACAAGUGCAAAUGCAAAAAAACACACCAACCAAUCCUGGGGGAAGCAGCAGAGGCCAAAAAAACAGAGCUGUCAGAAAAGGGCCAACAAAAAGAGAACACGAGUGACUUAGGAAGCUGAGGAACGGAGCAGUCCAUCUCAGGAUGAAAUGAGGGACCCGAGGAACACAAAUGAGUGACCCCAAAGCAUGAGCCCUGGGAUGAGUCAACUGCAAGGUAAAGACUUAAGCGCAGACUGAACCAGAGACGAGGCUGGACUAGCAUCCAAGGCUAAAAGAGGAGGUGAAGGUACAGAUGGGAGCCCACCUAAGAAGGAAGCCCUGGACAGGUGUGGACGUCUUGUCCCCAUGGACUGUUGAUGCCACAGCCUGGCCUGUGGUGCAGUUUUGUAUCUCCUUUUGCUUCUUUCUGGUAGAAGUGGUGGCCAGCCGGGUGACAGGAUCCCUGCUGCUGCUUUCGUCUGCGUUCCAGACCCUGGAAGGGGCACUGACACUAGCCGUGUCUUUAGCAGACAUCUGGCUGGCUUCUGGAAGGUACCUCAGCAGGAGAAACACCUUUGGAUGGGCCCGAGUCCGGAUUACGGGAACUCUGGUCAGUGCUGUCUUCCAAAGUGCCUUGUACCUGACUAUCAUCCCGGAGUCAAUUCUCAGGGUUGCAGCUCCGCAGAUCACAGAGCAUGCCUCGGCACUAAUGGGGAUUGGGGCAAUGGGGAUCCCUAUCCACUUGGCCAGAGCAUGGCUGAAUGAGAGGCAGUCCCAAGAUGGGGGUCCCAGGCCCUGCUGUAGCAGGAGGAGAAUCACCCAAGCUGACAGUUCUUUCCAGGAGACCGAAGACCUGCUAGAGAGUGGAUCCUCAAUGAAUCGAUGGCCCUGGGUAGCAGAGCUCAGCCCCAUGGUGCUUGCAGAUAAACCUGGACAACUUAGACUUGACUGGAUGGUUGCCUGCUUAGGUCCUAUUUCUGUCCUCCUAUAUUCUGUCACUUACUACCUACUAGUACAAACGACUCCUUGUGUUAGUCAUACAGCUUGCUUCGGCCACUGCCUUACAUGUUCAAUCUGGAAUACCUCUGAGCACACACAACUGCCUUGUUGGCUGCUUUAUCUGGACCCUGGGUUUGCCGUCGUCGUGGCUGUCACCCUUCUGUGCAUUGCAUGGCCAGCCUUGCGGGUUUGCUUCCUGGUGCACCUCCAGGCUGUGCCGGACCAGCUGGACCUUCACUUAUUGGAGCAGCACCUGCGUGCCACUGAAGGUGUGGCAGCUGUGAGAGACCUCAACAUCUGGCAACUGGAUGGUCCCACCAGCUUGGUAGCCUCAGCCCAUGUGUGCUGCCUUGACAUGGCUAAGUAUGAAACUGUGAUCAACAACGUGCAACAGGUGUUCUGUGAACACGGCAUCCAUGCCACCACAGUGCAGCCACAUCUUGACACUUGCUCAAACGGGACGCAUCAUGAAAAAUGUGAUGUGCCCCCCCUGCAAGAAGUGCCUGACCGCCAAUCCUGUUGAAGUCACAGAAUAUGAAACUACAGUGUGAGCACAGCAGGCAAACCCUACUUGAGGGGAAACGGAUGGGAUGAGCAGAGUACGUUGGAAGCUUCUAGAAUGAUAUACAAUAUUAUCUAUGGUUUCUGCUGUCAGGGUCCAACCUCCUAGCUGGAUGCUCCCAUACAACCCAAAGGUAGCCACAGAAGGCCCUGCGAGAGCUAUGAAGAACCAAUAUUUUGUCAAACGUGGUUGGAUUACAGAGCCCAUCAAACAUGAUCAGUGACCAUGUUAGCUGGAACUGAUGGGAACCACAGAUUUUCCAUCUCUAGCUUAUAGGAAAGAUCAAAAAGAUGAACAGUGAGCUGUGAUGAGUAAGAUUUGGUGUUACAUGGCUUCUAGAAUCCUCCAGCUACCUUGACCUGGGGAUUCUGGGAAUAGUAGGCCAAAAUCUCCUCUCCUUCCCAAUGCACAGGGACAAUAAGUUUAAUUUAGAUAUAUAUGUACAAUUCUGCAAGAGCUCAGGAAAAAAACCCUCCAGAAACUGAUCUCAGUUUUCUAACCCUAGUAAUACAGUUUAUAGAAUAAAUCAUGCAAAGCACAAGUA